CUAAAAAGCACUUCGAAGUAUAUUUAUCAGACUCUGUUUCUGAAUGGUGAAAAGAGUGAUGUUAAAAUAUGUGCCCUGGGAGAAGAAUGGAACUUGCACAAGAUAUACCUCUGUCAGUCUGGCUACUUUUCAAGUAUGUUCAGUGGGUCUUGGAGGGAGUCAGGAAUGGACACAAUAGAAUUGGAAAUUCCUGAUCAGAAUAUUGACAUAGAAGCCUUGCAGGUUGCCUUUGGCUCACUUUAUCGGGAUGAAGUGUUAAUAAACCCUAGUAGAGUGAUUGCCCUCCUGGCAGCUGCCAGCAUGUUACAGCUGGAUGGCUUAAUACAGCAGUGUGGUGAGACAAUGAAGGAAACAAUUAAUGCAAAAACUGUGUGUAGUUACUAUAAUUCUGCGGGAACAUAUGGAUUAGAUUCUUUGAAAAAAAAGUGUCUUGAGUGGCUCUUGAAUAACCUGAUGACCCACCAGAGUGUGGAACUCCUCAAAGAACUCAGCAUAAACCUCAUGAAACAGCUGAUUAGUUCCUCUAACCUGUUUGUCAUGCAAGUGGAGAUGGACAUAUAUACUGCUCUAAAGAAGUGGAUGUUCCUUCAGCUGGUGCCUUCUUGGAACGGAUCAUUGAAACAGCUUUUAAGUGAAGCAGAUGCCUGGUUUUCCAAGCGCAGGAAAGAUUUUGAGGAAGGCAUCUCAUUCUUGGAAACUGAACAAGGACAUGCAUUUAUGCCAGUGUUCAAAUACCUGAGGCUGCAGUAUAUAAUCAGUGAUCUGACAUCAGCAAGAAUUGUUGAACGAGACAGUCUGAUCCCUGCAAACUGGCUGUUCUCUGUUUACAAACAGCAGUGGUUUGCCAUGCUUAGAGCAGAACAAGACAAUGACAUUGGGCCUCAAGAGAUUAAUAAAGAGGAACUAGAAGCAAACAGUAUGCGGUGUGGCAGAAAACUUGCCAAAGAUGGUGAUUAUUGCUGGCGAUGGACAGGCUUUAAUUUUGGCUUUGAUCUGCUGGUCACAUACACCAAUCGUUACAUUAUCUUCAAACGCAACACACUAAAUCAACCCUGCAGCGGCUCUGUCAGUUUGCAACCCCGGAGAAAUAUCGCUUUCAGGCUGAGACUGGCUUCUUUUCAUAGCAGUGGAAAGCUUAUUUGUAGCAGAACUGCAGGAUAUCAGAUACUAACCCUCGAAAAAGAUCAGGAGCAGGUAGUGAUGAAUUUGGACAGUAGAUUGCUAGUCUUCCCUCUGUAUAUCUGCUGCAACUUCCUGUAUACUUCCCCAGAGAAGAGGAGAGAAAACAAUGGACAAUGAAUAACCCAGCCAGCUGAGACUGACUUUUGAAAUGUCUUUGCAUGGUCACUUUCAUUUGGAAGCUCCUAAUGCCCUGAAAGGAACAUCAUGGAAUGGUCUUAUCUAUUGAAGAAAAAGAAAGAGGGACUGGGUCCAAGCCCCGGCAGCUCCAGUUGGCAUGACUAACUGGUGUGAUAUGUUGGAAGCUAUAGUUUUGUGGAAUUGUGAGCCACAGGCUGUAGCAAAUAAAUGUAACUCCCACCUCAUCUCUCGACAUUCCUACGCACAUCUGAAUAGCUGAAUACUUACGAUGACCUCGUUUUCUCCUGAGAAUUCUCAGCCCUAGAAAAUGAUACCAGUCUCCUGACAGCACAGAAAGACUUUGAACAUAGUUCAUUAACUGGGCCUGCUUAAUUAAAGGGAGUAGGAUGAUAUAUCAAUAAAGCCCACAUUAAUUUUUAAUAGAACACGCUGUAUUUAUGGUCUCUUGAUUUGUUCUGGUCAAGCCCUUAAUUUUUAAAAGUCUGUUACUGGCUCGGUGAAAUAUCUGGAUUGUUUUAAAUUCAUUAUACUUGUAAAUACUUCCUAUUGAGUUGAAAACUUUAUAAUAUAUCCUGUUUUAUUUUCAAGAAAUACAUAUUUUUAAACAUUGUAUUUUUAAGAGUCACUUUGUAGAAUCCAGCUGCCUCAAUUCAGCAUUUCUAAUUCAUCAGAACUCAGACCAUCGUUUCAUUCUUGGAUAUACUUUUUUACUUUUUGGUUUUUAACUUGAAGCAAAAAAGCACUCCCAAACCC